UCCCACAUUAAAAGGAAUAUCUGUAUGUUUUAAUAUGUUGAAAGCGGCGCUCUGUGGCAAUUAUGUAAAUUUUGGUGUCUUUCAACUGUAUGGUGAUAGUGCACUGGAUAACGCAUUACAGACGUUUGUUAAGCUUCUUCUUUCCAUUCCACAUAGUGACCUUUUGGACUAUCCCAAGUUGAGUCAAUCUUAUUAUGCCUUAUUAGAGUGCCUGGCUCAGGAUCAUAUGAAUUUUAUAGCCAAUCUAGAACCAACAGUUUUCUUGUAUAUACUUUCAUCAAUUUCAGAAGGACUUGUAGCAUUAGAUACCAUGGUUUGUACCGGUUGCUGUGCUAUUCUGGACCAUAUAGUUACCUAUCUAUUCAAGAGACUAUCUAAAAAUAGUAAAAAGCGAGCAAAUGCCAUCCAAGAAAAUGAAAGUUUCUUAAGAAUAUUAGAAGUUCAUCCAGAGAUAUUACAACAGAUGCUGCAAACAGUAUUGAAUAUCAUAAUGUUUGAAGAUUGUAGAAACCAAUGGUCAAUGUCAAGACCACUACUUGGCCUCAUUCUACUUAAUGAGGAA